AUGUUCGAGCAGCGUCUGGUCUCAUGCGAGGUUUCCAUACCGCAGGUGCUCGAAGCCAGUGCGGAAGCUCUUUGCAAAGCAGCAGGGGUCGACGAGCUGGUGAAGCUUUUCGAUCGGUCCAUGGUUGUCCUGGAGAUUGGAUUCGCACCAUGGAAAGCCACCCUUCUUGGGACAUUCUUCGAUGUCGACAAGGCUCUGAAGGAUAACUUUCUUGGUAUCAUGCUGGAAAUAUGGAAUCAUGCGUCUACCCAGACGGAGCUAGACGAAGCUGUGAAAAGCCAGAUCCGCUUCCAUCUCUCCAUGAAGGCACUGCAAAACAAGGAGAAGAGCAUGCUCGCAAAUGCGCCUGCCAUCAGUGAAGGACUGGCCAUAGGGGAGGAAAAAGAGGACACGGACAAGGCGAAGUCGCAGGCCGAAGCAGCCCCUAUCGGCCCCAUUGCCGAGGGUGAGCCAGCCAGUGAAAUGCCCGAUGAGGAAAAAGAAGAAGCAGAAGAGCAGCCUGAGGUGGAGGAGGACGAAGCAGAGAUGGAAGAGGCCAGAGAACAAGCAGAAGAGAAGGCUGAGGUGGAGGAGGACGAAGCAGAGAUGGAAGAGGAAAAAGAAGAAGCAGAAGAGCAGCCUGAGGUGGAGGAGGACGAAGCAGAGAUGGAAGAGGAAAAAGAAGAAGCAGAAGAGCAGCCUGAGGUGGAGGAGGACGAAGCAGAGAUGGAAGAGGUGGAGGAGGACGAAGCAGAGAUGGAAGAGGCCGCAGAAGUCGAGGAAGUUUCGGCGCCAUACGAAGAAGAGUCCCCGUCGCGGGAGGAUGGCGAGGACGAGCCCUGGACUGUGAACAGGGCGGCGGAUGGACAGGAUGCAAAGUCUGCCGCGAAGGAAGAUAAACACCGAAAGAAGAAGGCAAAGGAGACUGCAUCGGCAGCAGCAAGGGCGGAGGACGGAAAGGCACGCGAGGCCGCAAAGGCCGCCGCGAGGGUGGAGGAGCAGAACAAAAAGGCACGAGAGGCAAGAGUGGCAGAGCAGAGAAGGGCACGUGAGGCUGCAGAGGCAGCGGCAAGGGCUGAGGAGAAGAGAAAGGCACGAGAGGCUGCAGAGGCCGCAAGGGCGGAGGAGGAGAGAAAGGCACGAGAGGCUGCAGAGGCCGCAAGGGCGGAGGAGGAGAGAAAGGCACGAGAGGCCGCAGAGGCAGCGGAAAGGGCGGAGGAAGAGAGAAAGGCACGAGAGGCUGCAGAGGCAGCCGAAAGGGCGGAGGAGGAGAGAAAGGCACGAGAGGCCGCAGAGGCAGCGGAAAGAGUGGAGGAGAAAAGAACGGCACGAGAGGCUGCAGAGGCAGCCGAAAGGGAGAGAAAGGCACGGGAGGCUGCAGAGGCCGCAAGGGCGGAGGAGGAGAGAAAGGCACGAGAGGUUGCAGAGGCCGCAAGGGCGGAGGAGGAGAGAAAGGCACGAGAGGCUGCAGAGGCAGCCGAAAGGGCGGAGGAGGAGAGAAAGACGCGAGAGGCCGCAGAGGCAGCGGAAAGGGCGGAGGAAGAGAGAAAGGCACGAGAGGCUGCAGAGGCAGCCGAAAGGGCGGAGGAGGAGAGAAAGACACGAGAGGCAGCAGAGGCAGCGGAAAGGGCGGAGGAAGAGAGAAAGGCACGAGAGGCUGUAGAGGCAGCGGCAAUGGCGGAGGAGGAGAGAAAGGCACGAGAGAUUGUCGAGGGGGCCGCAAGGGCGGAAGAGCAGAGAAAGGCACAACAAGCCGCAGAGUGCGCAGAGGUAGCCGUAAAAGCCGAGGAGGAGAGAAAGGCCACGAAGCCGCCGCCAAAGCACAAGGCAGCCCCACCAAUCUUUCACCAGCGACCUGUUCCGAAGCGAAUGCCGCGUCUACGUCGAGUCCCGAAGCACGAUUACACGGAGCUUGGACAUGUGCCCCAGUGGCUACGAGACAAGGAAAACAAUGCCUAUGAGGCAUAUGCUAGAAACCCACCCUCAGGGCAUAAACCGCUGGAUGAGGCUUGGAGAUGGCGGGCAAGGCGCACUUUUGAGUUGCUAAGCAUUGAAAGGGAGGGCGAUCCAGAAAGCGAGGAUUUGCAGGACAGGUUGUUUGCUCUCCCUGCCCGUGAACUGCUUCUUGACGUGCGUGCCCUUGCAGAUAUUGAAGAAACUAUGCCAACAUCGGUGCCUGACUCGUUCUAUGUUCUGCUGUCCCUGGCCUAUGAUGCUUUUGCGUGGGCUUUCCGCAUGUUGAGCAGCCAAAUGAAAGAAAAGCUUCGAGAUCAGUUCCUGGACACGGUUCUCUAUGUGGAGGACCGUUUCAGAGAUCCCAAAUGGACCCGUCAGGCGGCGCGAAAGCUAGACGUCUUAGUGGCACCAUCUGUGGCACCAGCGCUCUUGGCGAGGCCACAAGCACAGAGGAGGAGUGCGGAGGUGCCCGCAGCCAAGCCGGCUCCACGGAAACGUCCCAGCUCGCCGGCUUCGCCGCCAGGGCCGAGGAAACGAAAAUACCGAAAGGAGGUCCCGGUGGACGACGUGGAGUUCUCACAAGAUAGCAUCGGAGAGAGAUUCACUUGCGGCCGGAAGCUGCAGACGACUGUAGACGCUCUCUUCGAUGGCAAGGUCCAUCCCCUGCGCACCGACUUCCUUGUGCUACAAGCGAUGAAAGUUGCGGAAAGAACACGAUAUAUAAGUCGGAACAAUCGACGCUUGUGGUGCUUGAAGGAAUACCAAAAGCUGCGAAGACAAGAAGACAAAGACUGUACUGUCAAAGUACGGCUGAACGUCAUAGAAGACCGAAGCCAGAAUAUCAGCGACUUCCUCGAGCAUCGCACAAGUGGACCUACCGUUGAGGACAACGAGAGCGGAGGAGAGUCCCCAAGUCCGGCAGCGAGCUGGUCCUGA